AUGAUCGAGUUGCAGUUCAUGAAGGGUGCACCACUUCAGCUUGGAGGGACUGACUGUGGGAUAUUCAUGUUGAUGUAUGCCCUGUAUGUGACCCUUGGGAAGCCUUUUGAUUUUUCAGCAUCUGACAUGCCUGUACUCAGGAGGUGGUGGUGCCAUCAGUUACUACAGGCAUUUCCUCUGGCAAGCCAACAGUCAGUCACCAAGCAAAUGAUCCAACCGGAUCUAAACAUCAUGGAGGCCACCCCAUCUGUGCCAGACAUCAUGGAGGCCACCCCAUCUGUGCCAGACAUCAUGGAGGUCACCCCAUGUACGAGAAUCCAUGACUCGGCGGUGAUGAAACGGAUUCUGCUCGCCUGUGACAGGGUGGAGGAGAACCGAACCCACUUUGCUGGGAAAGUUCACUUACCACAGGUCAUAAGGAUGAAUGAGGAUGAUGCCUUGUUGGCCAUAACAAUGAGGGACCUGUUUAUUGACUCUAUUUUCUAUGAAGGUGAAAUGAAUGAGGACAAAAUCCAGACUCCCUUCCUUUUCACCUUUGAGAGAAAAGAGGACAUGGAGUUUUUCAUGCAGGAAAUAUAUGAUAAAAGAAAUAUUUGUGUGUCUUGCCUGCACAACCCUCACCUUCAACAAGCUAACUGA